GUGACGACAUGACUACCCAGACGCGCAGCUUCAUCGUGUUCAAGGACGAGCCCGAGGACGUUCCGGCACCGGUGGUCGCUCGCACGACCACCAGCGAGCAGGGUCUUGCUCUCGCCGUGGUUACGUCCCCAACCAACCCUACUAUCGCUCUACCGCCGUCCUCCGGCCCUCUCGUCUACUGCCCUGACAAGGAGAACAUCGACCCCCUCUCGGGCAGCCGUGCUCUUUCUGAGCAUAGCCUCGGCAAGAAGCGCAAGACCGCGCUCGCGGUGAAGGCCCAGCCUGCCUCCCCGAGCAAGAAGCCCCGUCCGCUCACGGAGAAGCCGACCAAGCAGUCCUCUUCGUCGUCCAAGUCUCGCUCAGGAUCGGAGAAGAAGGCCAAGGCUAAGCGUUCUAGCUCGACGUCUUCCAAGCGUACCGCUUCCUCGAAGACUCGCCGUGAGCCGUCUCUCCCGCGCCUUGCGGAAGAGGGCGAGGAGCCCGCCGAGGCCAUGCCUCUGGACCAGGAUGCCAUCGAUUCGAAGUGCAAGGAGCUCACUGUCUUGCCUUUGGCCGAUAUCUCUGAGGCCUACGAGCAGGCCACGACCAAGGUGGCUGUCGUGGAGACCUCUCAGCGGGCUGUCGACGAGAAGGUCGUCGCCCAGCCUGUCUUCGAGACGAUUGAGCGCGCCGCUACGCCGCCCCCGGUGACACAGACCGAGGAUGCGACCACGUCGCCUGUCGCGCAUGCGUCGACUGCAAGCGCGUUUUCGACGCCUGAGCGGAAGCGUAUCUACGCUGCCUUCACCUUCUCCUCGCCUUCGCUGGCCAGCCAGCGCUACGCGUCUGCUCGUGGCUCCAGUGUCGACCGCUUCUCCGACGUCGUCUUCUAAGCGGUCCGUCAUAACGCCUUCACCGUCUCCACACCCGGCCAACGACAAUUUGAAGCUCUACGAUCCGAAACAUUACCAGCGUUCAACGGCCCUCGAAGGAAUCCGCCGUGCUCUCUGUUCCCACCUACGCCGCGUCACGACAGCCACUGCCCUAGUCCCGUCGACUCGCCCAAUCAAUCAUUGUCCCACAAGCAUUUCUAUCCGCAGUGUCGACUUCCCUCGCGUACAUGUCUUGCAUACGAACGUCUUGACUCGCGAACUUUGUUCCUUUGCGGACAUCCGGUCUAACGGACCUAAACAACAUCCCGACGUCGCUACACGUUGUAUUAUUAUGUCUCUACCAUCUCAUCGCAUCUCUACUAUCGUCGCAAGCAUCUAUUGACCCAUCUCUUUACACACUGAACAUAGUUUCGCUUCAUCGAUCACUUCCGCAUCACCACACUCAAGACAUACCCUCCCGGCGUCGAUUGCCGACUUUGUUUGCUUUACAUUAUUAUCCUCCCUUUCCCACGCGUCACAUCGCAAAAUGCACCCUCAUCCGCCCUAUGCCUCCCUAUCUCUCCCAAACUUCUUGGUUCGUUCUGUCGACUUUCUGGCUACCUCUGCACAUAUCGCCACCCACUAGCCCCCUGGCCCCC